AUGGCUUCAGCUCGUCUAUUCAAUAGCAUCGGAAGAAUAGGUAUUGGAUUAGCAGUUGCUGGUGGAAUUGUUAAUUCGAUGCUCUAUAACGUGGAUGGUGGUCAUCGAGCGGUUAUUUUCGAUCGUUUUAAAGGUGUUAAACCCGAAGUUAUCGGAGAAGGAACUCAUUUCAUGAUUCCAUGGCUUCACCGACCGAUCAUUUUCGAUAUUCGUACUCGACCUCGAUCGAUUCCAUCAAUUACAGGAACAAAAGAUUUACAAACAAUUAACAUCACUUUACGUAUCCUUUAUCGACCAAAGGCUGAAAUUUUACCGAAGAUCUUCACAAACUUGGGUCUUGAUUACGAAGAACGUGUCUUACCAUCCAUCACCAAUGAAGUUCUCAAAAGUGUCGUUGCGCAAUUCGAUGCAAUCGAAUUGAUUACUCAACGAACACUUAUUUCUCAACGUGUCAGCGAAUUACUAACAGAACGUGCGCAACAAUUUGGUUUAUUACUUGAUGAUAUUUCUAUCACUCAUUUGAGUUUUGGGCCGGAAUUUACCAGUGCUGUUGAAUUGAAACAAGUUGCCCAACAAGAUGCUGAAAAACAACGAUUUUUAGUCGAAAAGGCUGAACAAAGUCGACAAGCAAAUGUCAUUGCUGCCGAAGGUGAUGCUCGUGCUGCCGAUCUCAUUGGUAAAGCUUUAGGCGAAGCUGGCGACGGUUUAAUUGAACUUCGACGUAUCGAAGCAGCUGAAGAUAUUGCCGGUCAAUUAGCUCGAUCAAGAAAUAUCGUCUACUUACCACAUGGUCCUCAAAUGUUACUCAACAUAUCUGGCGCUGCUCAGUAG